AUGUCGAGUUCAAGGUCAGAAUCUGUAACUCCAACAAGUAUUGCUCUUUCAAUAAAUACCAAUAGUGAUGUUUGUAUGAGGUUUGAUAAUAGUGAGAACCAAGCCAUAUGUGACGGGACUAAACACGGAGACGAAGAUGAAGAUAGGAUGAAUACAGUGACUGGUAUCAGUGAGCGAACGCCUCCAUAUUCUGUUAGCACAAGGAAUACAUUGGUUGAUGCGAAUUCCUCCGUACUGGACAGUGAAAUUCUUUCUUUGGGCAAACGACAGAGGAUACUCAAGGGGCAGCUACAGUCGAUGUCACCUCAGGAAAGGUUAGAGCGACAACGUGCUAUGCGGAGGAGGCGUGACAAUGCUUAUCGUGCUAGGAAAAGGGCUACGGAACUCACAGUAGAUCCGGAUCUGGAGCAACUUUUCACAACAUUAGAUACAAGCAAGCAAUUCCACAGCAUUUCUGUUAAAUAUGAUGCGGCUUCAUUAUCUCAAGAAUUCUUCCCAAGAGUGCUACUAAACAAAUCAGAAACCGAUGACCCUGCUCCUUACAAGGCGCCUUUUGACAGUUUUAUCGAAGGCUUGCGCAACAAGAUCAAAAAUGUAUGUGGGAUAAAACUCAGCAAGGAACGAACAUCAGUACACAUUACGUCAGUGUCAUGUGUUCUUUACUGUUCACAAGAUAAAAGUCAUCAGAGGUUAAUUCAGUCAAAAGAUAUCCAAAAAAGCCAUAACCUAGAUAAUGCUAAACAGUAUCAGUGCCAAUCCUAUAUGAGAGUGAACUACUCAUUUAAAACCCACGUAUUGUCAAUAAAAUUCAGACAUACAAAACACAAUGAACAGGCCAUCUUGCCCUCCAGUACUAGGAUAUAG